UACAUUCUGAAAGCCCUUAAUUCAGCGUUAUAAUAAAGGUUCAGGUUAAAGCCCUUGAUUGGAUCAGCAGCAGAUCAAUCCCGUUUAAAAGCCGCAGCCACUAAGAAGCCACGCCUGUGUUGAGUGACUGUGCUGAGUGAAGCUUGAGCCUGAGCUUCCCCCUCACAGUAGACCAAGCAGGCUGAGAAGAAGCAGCUUUGUCGCCUGAUACCGCCACCUCUCUCUCUCUCUCUCUCUCUCUCUCUCUCUCUCUCCGACCCUCGCUAUCCUCGGUGGCAAUGGGCAACGAUAACAGCUCAGCGAUAGACGACAUGCAGGCGGUGGAGAUCCAUCACUGGUACAAGAAGUUCAUGAAGGAGUGCCCGUCCGGACAGCUCACCCUGCACGAGUUCAAGCAGUUCUUCGGACUGAGGGGUUUGGACCCUGAAGCCGACGCCUACAUCGAGCAGAUGUUCCGCACCUUCGACAUGAACAAGGACGGCUAUAUCGACUUCAUGGAGUACGUGGCAGCCCUGAGUCUGGUGCUGCGUGGUAAGAUGGAGCAGAAGCUGCGUUGGUACUUCAAGCUCUACGACGUGGACGGCAACGGCUGCAUCGACCGCUAUGAGCUCCUCAACAUCAUCAAGGCUAUCAGGGCAAUCAAUGGCUGUGAUCAGGUUUCAUCAGUGGAGGAGUUCACGAACAGAGUGUUUGACAAGAUCGACGUGAAUGGAGAUGGUGAGCUGUCCCUGGAUGAGUUUGUGGAGGGGGCCCGGAAAGACGAGGAGUUCAUGGAGGUGAUGAUGAAGAGCUUGGACUUGACCCACAUUGUCGCCAUGAUACGCAGUAGAAGACACAGUGUGUGAAAAGACCCCCCAAACCCACCCCCACCCUGUUUUUUUUUAUAAUUGCAUUAUUUUAGUGACCUUUUUUUGUUCAAAUAAGUUCCCUGAAUGUCUUGAGACUACGAGAAAUCGCUGAGCGGUUUGUGAAUGUGAACGAUGAUCCGUCUCUCAGUCCGAGUGGUUUGUGAAUGUGAACGAUGAUCCGUCUCUCAGUCCGAGUGGUUUGUGAAUGUGAACGAUGAUCCGUCUCUCAGUCCGAGUGGUUUGUGAAUGUGAACGAUGAUCCGUCUCUCAGUCCCUGAGUGGUUUGUGAAUGUGAACGAUGAUCCGUCUCUCAGUCCGAGUGGUUUGUGAAUGUGAACGAUGAUCCGUCUCUCAGUCCGAGUGGUUUGUGAAUGUGAACGAUGAUCCGUCUCUCAGUCCGAGCGGUUUGUGAAUGUGAACGAUGAUCCGUCUCUCAGUCCGAGUGGUUUGUGAAUGUGAACGAUGAUCCGUCUCUCAGUCUGUGUGGUUUGUGAAUGUGAACGAUGAUCCGUCUCUCAGUCCGAGCGGUUUGUGAAUGUGAACGAUGAUCCGUCUCUCAGUCCGAGUGGUUUGUGAAUGUGAACGAUGAUCCGUCUCUCAGUCCCCGAGUGGUUUGUGAAUGUGAACGAUGAUCCGUCUCUCAGUCCGAGCGGUUUGUGAAUGUGAACGAUGAUCCGUCUCUCAGUCCGAGCGGUUUGUGAAUGUGAACGAUGAUCCGUCUCUCAGUCCGAGUGGUUUGUGAAUGUGAACGAUGAUCCGUCUCUCAGUCCGAGUGGUUUGUGAAUGUGAACGAUGAUCCGUCUCUCAGUCCGAGUGGUUUGUGAAUGUGAACGAUGAUCCGUCUCUCAGUCCGAGCGGUUUGUGAAUGUGAACGAUGAUCCGUCUCUCAGUCCCCGAGCGGUUUGUGAAUGUGAACGAUGAUCCGUCUCUCAGUCCCAGUGCUGUCUGCAGGUGCAGUCCUGCUGUAGAGAUGCCAUGAGGAGACACUGCAGCUCAGACACUCAGCAAGUAAUGUGCCUUCUUUAGAACGCUUUUAAAAAGAGAAGGUUACUGCUUCACUGAACUGUGGUGUUUUUAUUUGUACAAUAAAUAUAUAAAAUUGUAA